CUCUCUCCCUCCCUCUCUCUCUCUCUCUCGCUUCCUUCUCGGCUCGUUGCUCUCGCUUCGGAGCUGCCUCGGCGCGUCGCGGAGAGGGAGACCACAGCGCGUCACCUACCCCCCUCUCGUCCAUUCCCGAAUCGGAACUCCGUAAAUAUCAGACUUUUGCAUCUGAUUGGGCGCUGUAUCUGCGCGAGAAAGAUAGUUUGGUUGUGCAGACAAAAAGGGGAGUAUUUUUCAGAGUUUAAAAUAAGGGAAUAUCUGUUUUGAGAACUGAAGUGGGAGAAAGGCAAGAAGCUUUAGCGGCGGCAAUGUUUUGGUCAAUGGACCCGCAGGUGACCAUCCAUGGCGACUGGGUGUCGGCCGUGGCGCCGCUGUUGAAGCUGCUGUGCCUGACAGUUAUCGGUCUGCUCCUCGCCAACCCGCGGGUCCAGGUCGUGCCUAGGGCCACCUUCAAGCUCCUGAGCAAACUCGUCUUCGCGCUCUUCCUCCCCUGCCUGAUCUUUGUCCACCUCGGCAAGUCGGUCACCAUUGACAACGUCCUGCACUGGUGGUUCAUCCCGGUCAACGUGCUAAUCAGCACUGCGAUUGGGUGCAUUCUUGGGUACAUAGUGGCCCUGAUCUGCCGCCCGCCACCACACUUGUUCCGGUUCACGGUGAUCAUGACUGGGUUUGGUAACACAGGGAAUCUCCCAAUUGCGAUCAUUGGAUCGGUCUGCCAUACCAGUGAUCACCCUUUUGGUCCUGCAUGCGACACCAAGGGCAUCGCUUAUGUCUCAUUUGCUCAGUGGGUUGCGGUUAUCCUUGUCUACACUUUGGUCUACCACAUGAUGGAGCCACCUAUGCAGUUCUAUGAGAUUGUGGGUGAGGGUAAUGAGAUACAGGAAGAACCUGAGCAGAUCAGCAACUACAGUAGGUCUCUGCUUCAUGAGGCGGAAUGGCCAGGGAUGGUUGAUAAAGUAACAGAGCACUCAAAGACACCAUUCAUCGCCAGAGUUUUCAUGAGCAUUUCAGGUUCCUCGCAGAAUACAUUUCCUGAUAUUGAUUUUACUGAAGAGGGAACUUCUGGUGCUGGACCGAGCAGUCCUAAGUCGCUCAGAUGUUUGGCAGAGCCAAGAAUGGUCAGAAGGAUCAGGGUUGUAGCUGAAAAGACUCCAAUCCAGCACGUCCUUCAGCCACCGACAAUUGCCUCUUUGCUUGCCAUUAUCAUCGGCAUGGUUCCUGUCUUGAAAGAUUUUGUGUUUGGGGCUGAUGCACCACUCUCGUUCUUCACUGAUAGUUUGGAUAUCCUAGCUGCUGCAGUGGUUCCCUCAGUGAUGUUAAUUCUCGGAGGCAUGCUUGCGGAAGGCCCAAAGGAUAAUGCCUUGGGCAUCAGGACUAUCGUCGGUAUAAUUGUGGCAAGGCUUUUGGUGCUCCCAUGCAUUGGCAUUGGUGUUGUGACGCUAGCAGACAAAUUGAAUCUACUUGUUGAGCAGGACCAUAUGUACCGCUUUGUUCUUUCGCUUCAGUACUCCACGCCAAGCGCUAUCCUGCUUGGAGCAAUUGCCAGCCUGAGAGGAUAUGGUGUUAAGGAAGCAUCGGCUCUUCUAUUCUGGCAGCAUAUUUGUGCAGUGUUCUCCCUUUCUCUCUACCUGAUUGUGUACUUCAAGUUGAUGUCUUUCAUUUGAAGACAAUGGCCAUCCAUCCUAAUCUGGCAUAUAUAUAGCAACAAUCUUGGGGCAAUGAUGGCUUGGAAAAGGAGUACUAGAAGAAUUAUUUUUUUUCAGCCUUUUCUCGUAUCAGUGAAAAGUGUUUAUAGUUUGGUAGUUAUCUAUAUUUCAAUUACAUGUAUCGUUUGAGAACAGGAGAUACAUUUAUUGUCAGUUCAUUUUGGUCAAUAUA